GAAGGAGGAAAAAGAAGUAGAAGCAGACAAAAUAAUUCAGCAAGAGAAAAGUGAACCAAGCCUGAUCUGUCCCCCACCACGCAGCAGAAACUAUUUUCCUCCGGAGAAUAUACAGAGCUGCCUUGAGUCUCAUGUCAAGGAGAUUUUUGGACCCUCAUUUUCUGAUAAUUGGCAGCAGACACCACUCAAAGAAAACAGGUUAAAGUAUCGCCUCCUGGCUCAGCUGGCAGCAGAACUUGGUCAUGCUGUCCCCAAUUCACAGCUCCACUUGAUGCGCAGUGCUGAGGACGUCUUGAAUUUCUAUAGCACGCCUGUGAAGGAUACGUCCAAGUUUGAUGAACUGUGCGCUGCAGAGCUACCCCCAAACCUGAAGAUUACCUGGGAGCAGUGA